UCCUACCGCGCCAUCCAGCGCCCUUUACAUACUUACAUUGUUACUCUCUCUCUUUCUCUCUCUCUCUCUGGCAGUUACAGAUGGUGUUCCAUCUUCUGUAUCUGCUGGAUUGCAUGUGAUACAGAAGAAGAUCAGAUGGGGAAGAAGAGGGGAAGCUGGUUCUCUUCGGUCAAGAAAGUUUUCAAGUCAUUCCCUAAGGAUUCCAACUCACCCCUUCCACACAACAAGAAGGAGAAUGAAGACAAGUGGCAGCAGGAAGCAGCAGAAGUUGUGUCUUUUGAGCAUUUUCCUGCAGAGAGUUCUCCUGAUGGAACUAAUGAGGGUAGCACCACAUCAACUCCAGUGGCUGAGGACAGAAAUCAUGCCAUUGCCUUUGCCGCUGCCACUGCCGUAGCUGCUGAAGCUGCCGUGGCGGCUGCUCAGGCAGCCGCUAGAGUUGUGAGAAUGGCGGGUUAUGGACGCCACUCCAAGGAGGAAAGGGCGGCGGUACUCAUUCAAUCAUACUACAGAGGAUACCUUGCUCGACGUGCACUGCGUGCAUUGAAGGGAUUGGUGAGGCUGCAGGCACUUGUGAGGGGACAUAAUGUGCGGAAGCAAGCGCAGAUGACAAUGCGGUGCAUGCAAGCAUUGGUUCGAGUUCAGGCAAGAGUAAGGGCUCGCAGAAUCCAGUUAAGUCAUGAGAAGAAGAAGCAAGAGGAGAGACAACAUGAAGCUACAAUGAAGAGGGAGAGAGCUCUUGCUUACGCCUUCAACUACCACAAGAGUGAGACUCCACAAUUGGAUUGGAACUGGUUGGAGCGUUGGAUGUCAUCACAACACACCGAUGACAUGUCCCAAGAGAAAACGGUUCAGAUGGACAUGCUUGGGCCUCGUGAUCCAAUAAUGGCCCAAGACUACCUUGAUUCAAGCCCUAUCUCCAAAUUGCAACACCAGAGACAGCACAGUGGAGGUGCAACUGUGCCAAGCUACAUGGCCCCAACCCAGUCUGCAAAGGCCAAGGUUAGGGGUCAGGGCCAACUUAAGCAACGGCCUUCACCUGGGCCCAACUGGAACACUUGUACAAGGAGAACCCCUGCUGUUGGGUUGGGCUUUGACUCAUCUAGCUCUGGUGGGCCCACUGCAGCCUAUCAGUUUCCAAGGUGCCCAAGCCCAAAGAUAAAUGGGGUGCGGCUACAAUCUAGACGAAUUUCUGGCGGGAGCCCAGAUCAUGUUAGUGGGGAAGAUUUUGCUCUUCUCCUUGGAGCCCAUGGUUGGGCAUGACUUGCCUUUUCAUUACAAUUCCGAGAAGGAAAACGAAAAUGUAAUUAUAUAUGAUGUUUUUUAUGAUCCGCACUUUGGUCAUUUGACACGCAUUCGUAUUUAUCUUAGUAGUGUAAUAAUGUGUUUGAUGUCACUAGCAGCAGUGUGUAACUCGAGAAAAGAGUGGAGAUUGUAACAUGCAGGAAGAGGCCGUCUUAUGUUAUGUUUUCCGUUUUGUAAUUCCUAUUUAAAAAUGUAAAGUUAUAUUAUAUGGUU